AGCGCAUAACUCUGGGCCGGCGCAGUCUGGGGCGCAGUCUGGGGCAGCAGACACCCAGCCGCUCGGAGCCCAGCUGGCAGCAUGAAGGCCCUUCUGGCUCUGCCGCUGCUGCUGCUUCUCUGCACUGGCCCCUGCGUCCCCCAGCUCUUGGGGAUCCGGGGAGAUGCUCUGGAGAGGUCAUGCCUACAGCAGCCCCUGGACUGCGACGACAUCUACGCGCAGGGCUACCAGGCGGACGGCGUGUACCUCAUCUACCCCUCGGGCCCCAGCGUGCCUGUGCCCGUCUUCUGUGACAUGACCACCGAGGGUGGCAAGUGGACGGUUUUCCAGAAGAGAUUCAACGGCUCUGUGAGCUUCUUCCGGGGCUGGAACGACUACAAGCUGGGCUUUGGCCGCGCCGACGGGGAGUACUGGCUGGGGCUGCAGAACCUGCACCUCCUGACACUGAAGCAGAAGUAUGAGCUGCGGGUGGACCUGGAGGACUUCGAGAACAACACGGCCUUUGCCAAGUACGCCGACUUCUCCAUCUCGCCCAACGCAGUCAGCGCCGAGGAGGACGGCUACAGCCUCCACGUGUCGGGCUUCGAGGACGGCGGGGCAGGCGACUCCCUGUCCUACCACAGCGGCCAGAAGUUCUCCACCUUCGACCGGGACCAGGACCUCUUCGUGCAGAACUGCGCGGCCCUCUCGUCGGGCGCCUUCUGGUUCCGCAGCUGCCACUUCGCCAACCUCAAUGGCUUCUACCUCGGCGGCUCCCACCUCUCCUACGCCAACGGCAUCAACUGGGCCCAGUGGAAGGGCUUCUACUACUCCCUCAAGCGCACCGAGAUGAAGAUCCGGCGGGCCUGAGGCGCAGGCCCCGCCCCCCGCUCUGCCGCCCCGCCCCCGCCCCGCCCCGCUGCCCUCCGCGCCCGCCUCUCCCGGGGGCCCCGUGGCUCCAGCACAACCGCUCCCCUCACACCCACGACGCCCACCUCUCGGCCGGGCCUCCGCUCCCCUGCACCCGGCUACACGCCGGCGGCCUCCCAGACCUCCGGAAGGCACCGCCACCCGGCCUGGACUCGGACCCCGUCCGGAAGGCUGCGGGCCGGCUUCCCACUGCGGCAGACCGGCGGCGCAGGCCGACCCACUCCCGGCACACGCCGGGCCACCUGCGUGUGGCCGCCGCCGCCGCCGCCACCGCCACGCGCUAGCAGUCCCGCCAGCCAGCAGAGAGCCUCCCAUCCUUCACCUCCCUCCCAGCGGCGAGCACCGCGGGGCCCCCAGCCCCGCUCACUCUCACGCUCAGCUUCCGCCGCCUGCCCGUCCCAGGCACCC